AUAUUCGAAAAAGUCACAUAAAGUACUGACGCGUGAAACGCUGAAACAAUCACAACAGCAACGAUAUCAUGUUAUUCCCGGCGGAGGAAGGUAUCCUGACGGAUAAUAAAACUUGGUAUGUGACCAGAUUAUGCUUUUUCACCGCCGGGCUCCUCGUCAACCUGGUGCUCUUGAUCGUUCUGGUGCGCUUUCGGAAACCGAAUGAACCCCUUCUGAUCUCAGGAAUUGUGCAAACUGUACUUGAUUUGAUCACCUGUCUGGUGUGUAUUGUGGAUGCAUCAGAGUACCGUACUCAUCCUUCGUUCCCUGUAUACGGAUAUCUGAUCUGUCAUUUGGUGGCUUCACACGCCCUGCUUUGGGGUCUGAUAGGCGCACGUAUGAAUACCAUUAUGUUGACAGCGAUGUUUUAUUACGUACAGUUCCUUUACCCCUUCAUGCGUAUCGAAAAGCGCGGAAAAAGCGUACUGAUAAUUCUGCUCAUCAUCAUUCCGCUUUCUAUACUCUUGGAAGGUGUCUCCAACUAUUACUGGGCGGAGUUUGACUGGGAGAAGGGGUCGUGUCACCUGAUACGGAUGAUGAAAGAUCACGUGGCACAGCGUGCACAGAUCACCUUGCAUUUGACUGCCUUGUUCAACUUUCUAUACAAUUUCUUUCUCCCGAUGGUGUUCAGUGUGCAAGCCUAUCAACAAGUAUUACGCACUAUACGUAUGAGAAGCAAGAAUAAGAUUGCUAGCGCAUAUAACGAAGUGCGAUUGAAUAGUUUGGAAGACGUCUGGCUCGUUCUGGCAUUUAGUGGGGUGGCGGAAGUGAACAAACUGUUAUCGCAGUAUCCAAACUCUCGAAACUUGGGAGGCGGUCAGAGUUUCCGAACCAUCGUCAUAUUUCUCAUGUGUCUUUACUCAGUGAUUUACCCGUGUAUCUCUGCGGUAACCAGACGCCGCUACAAACGGCCCAUCCUGGAUUGUUGGGCUCACAUUGGACGGAGCACAUUAGAUAGCCAGUUGGCGGGAAAAGUGACAACGCCGAAUGUGCCGGAUAGAAGAAGAAUGGUGGGCAGAACAAGUGGGCACAAGUCACGGACUAGAGAUACAUCCUCAACUCGUAGCCAACUGUUUUAACUGUGUUAAUUGGAGGUAUUAUAUAAAAAAGGAUUUCAAGUCGUGUUUCAAUGCCAUUCAGAUGAGAAAACCGGGUUAGCGAACAGUGAAUGCUGUUCGGAUGCGUUAAACUUCGCUGAGUAGCACAAAAGUACGGGUGACCCAAACAAGGCAGGUACACUGAGAAUUGUUUCGAUUCUCAUCAAUCGACAGUAUCAUUGCAAUGGAAGUGAGAUAGCUCGAGGUGUUGCAAAUCCGUAAGAAAACAUUAUAUCCUUGGCUACAUUGAGCAAACGAGCCCUCGGUACCGUGUCAAAAGUAAUCUGCUCAUGUCAGUAGAAAAGCCUCGAAGAAUAAUACUAACGAUAAUGUGUCAGCUGUACGCUGUAACGGCGCUUGGCUGCCGUGCGAUCCCACCAGUCGCAUGCGGGUUACGUAUACCGCGAGAACGACCACCCUACGCGGAUACGAACACGCGCCACAAGAUUUCGAGACAAGCUCAUUACCUAUGGGCUACGGCACGACCAGCCUUCAAAAAUAUGGACAUGAAAAUGAGAUCUGGUCCACUCACUCGGGCAGAACAUCAGGAUGUCAGUGAUUUUACCACCUUCCUGGAGUUGUGUACAGACCGGAUAUGCUAGGCCAGAUGUUGUAUUAAAAAAUCAUGUUCGGUGACGUGAUUUAGUCAUGGCAUGGCUCAUAGGCUGACCAUCACUGGAGGUGAACAGUGUUGUGGAUAGACAGACUAGCGGAGUAGUGGAGUUGCACAAUAUCAAAAAAAUGACAGCAAAGUGAAAUACCCAUCUGUAGACACACCAUAUAAUCCAUGUUAGUAUAUAUGUAUAUCCGUCCAUCCGGAUCUGGUGGGGGGCUGGUGUGCACAAUGUUUGUUUGUGUCUUGAGUUAAUCGAUGAGCGGGACAAAUAUCACGAAAUGCAAAUAGUGUAAUACAUC